UGCUACAGGUCAGCCAAGGAGGAAAAAAGGUAGGACACCUGGUGCCUCAAGACGAAAUAAGAAUCCUUAUAAGAAAUUCAGGAGGAAAACGACUAUACAAUAAAAUGUAAAGAAUAGCCAUAGUGGAAUGUCAGAAAGCGACAUUGGUGCUAAUACUAGCGAUUACGCUGAAGGAAGAGCUACCCCUGAAUUAUCAGAUUCUCACCCCGACGCUAGUCCUGAAGUCAAUGAAGUUAAUUCAGAUGAUUUUGCAAACGAACAAGCAUCUCCUUCAGCAGCCGCGAAGGAGGAGGAACGAGAGGCCCCAACAGACAUAGAAGAAUCAAACAGAGAAGAGAAAAUGGAUUCUUCCAACAGAGGAGCUGUAGGAGAUUCGGAUGAUGAACCCCUUGUAAUCUCUCUUUGCCUUCUCAUCUUUGGACUAGAUUGCUUAGCAUCUUACGUUGCCAUUGAAUAA